AUGUCUCAAUUGACUGGAGGUCUUAUAGACCUCUCUCAAAACUCUCUCUACUUUUCUGCCCUUGCUAUAGCGUUCAACCCCACAUUCUGGAACAUCGUCGCCCGCCAAGAAUAUCACAACAAGACACUCACCCGUCUCUUCAAUGGCAACUCUCUCCGAGCCUGUUACGCUCUUGCCCUCACCAUCUUCGGUCUCGGCCUUCUCCGUGAUGCCCUUUACGAACGUGCCCUCCGCCAUCAACCGUUCAUUCCUGCGUUUCAUCACCCUUACAUCGCCUAUGUCCUCUUAGCCACUGGGAAUACCCUAGUCCUGACCUCAUACUACGCCUUAGGCAUUACUGGCACCUUCCUAGGCGAUUAUUUUGGGAUACUGAUGGACGAGCCUGUGACGGGGUUUCCGUUCAACGUCACCGGCGCGCCAAUGUACUGGGGAAGCACGAUGAGUUUCUUGGGGACGAGUCUCCUGUAUGGGAGACCAGCCGGAGCACUUUUGACCAUCCAAGUCUUCCUUGUCUACCUUGGGGCGCUUCAAUUCGAGGACCCUUUCACGAGCCAGAUUUACGCAGAAAGGGACAAAAGGGAGAAGGAAGGGAAGAAGGCGAAAUGA